UGCGUGCAAACAAAAUAUUCUGUGUCGGUAGUGUUUCCGUUCUUGCCUGGGUAGCCAAAUAGCUUAUUCCUCAGAACCCCAUGAUCUAACCCCGCAAAAAUGGCUCGACGCAGUCACACGACGGAUCUCGGCUCCAUAGCCUGCGACGACCUGACCGACCUCGGCGCCGGGAAGGAAGGCUGGCUCGUCGAGAACCCUAACCUCCUGACCGCACUCGACACGCACUCCAUCGCCCUCGCCAACCGCUCCACCGUCCUCGUCAUCGAAUUCUCCGACGGGGCCGAUCCGUCGGGGGCCUCCCGGGUCAAGAUCCGGCCCACCCUGUCCCCGAUCGAGGCCGAGUCCAUCUCCGCGAUCGAAUGGCUGGUGUUCGACGACGUUCGAGUGCUCGCGAUCGGGACCUCGUGCGGGUACUUGUUGAUUUACUCUCUCCGGGGGCAUCUUAUACAUAAGCAGAUUGUAAAUACUGGACGAAUUAUUAAGCUAAGAGUCCGUGGCACCAAGAGAGAUCUCACGCAAGAUACAUCAUCAGAGGAGAUUUGUGUUGUAAUGCCUGGUGUGAUUGCUCGUUUUGAUGGAUCUGACAUCCAGAGUAUACUGCAGCGGUGGUUUCAAGAAUCACACACUCAGUUUUGGGAUCACAAGAGAGAUCCAGAUGAUUCUGGAAGUUCCUUUGGAAGACUGCCUUACCAGCUAUGGAAUGUUAACAAGUAUGGGUCAUGUGCUGAUGCAGCAGUAACUGGCAUCAUGCCUCCUCCACUAAUGGAAGUGCAGUCAAGUCAACGUUAUUUUUGUGCAAUCACUAUUGGGGAUGAUGCUGUGAUUUCAGCAUUCAGACUUUCAGAGGACCGAAGCAGAUCUUUAGUUGGAGCUAUUCUGUCUAAAGUUGUACCUGCAACAUUUUCGACAAUAGCCUCUUUUUCUAAAAUGAUAUGGCGAAGUGAACAAAAGUCCGCAAAUAAGCCUGAAGCAAAGCCCCAAUCAUUUGCUCGAGCUUCUCCUCUCACAUGUUUUAAGGAUCACCCAAGGAAGGGUGAGAAGCUCACCUUGUCACCUAGUGGUACAUUGGCAGCAAUAACUGAUUCACUUGGCCGUAUACUGCUUUUAGACACUCAGGCUCUGGUUGUAGUGCGGCUAUGGAAGGGGUAUCGUGAAGCUAGUUGCUUAUUUAUGGAAAUGCUCGUCAAUAAAGAUAAGGCAUCAUCAAGUUCUUCUUACUAUGAACAUGUGAAAAGUGAUUAUUGCCUCUGCUUAGCAAUUCAUGCACCUCGCAAAGGGAUAAUUGAGGUUUGGCAGAUGAGGACAGGACCCCGACUUCUCACGAUUCCAUGUUCCAAAGGGAGCAAAAUACUGCAACCCACCUACAGAUUUGGGUCGUCAUCCGAGUCUGCUUCAUCCUACAUACCUUUGGAACUUUUUGUGUUGAAUGGGGACUCAGGUCAAUUAUCAGUUGUAAAUCGAUUGCUUAAUUGAAUUUAUCUAUUCUUUUAGAACAUUCCCCCCCGCAUCAAGAGAACCAUGAAAUUUCUGCUGAAUUUCCAUUUGACCU